UGGCAGCCAAUAGGUCCGAUACCCUAGUCACGCGCCGCCAUGCCUACGCCACGCGCCUCCCUGCUCACGCUCCUUCUCCUACUCGCCGUCCAGCUCCCUCCCGCCGCCGCCGCGUCCAAGCACCGCCACGCGUCAGAAUCUGCCCCAGCACCACCAGCCUCCUACUUCCUCGUAUCGUGGGCAAGCAACCUCACGUUACUGGGCUCCGCCUCUAUCCAACCAGGCGCCACAGCGGUCGCGCUCACCACCCCGUCCCAUGACGGCGUUGGCGCCGGGCGCGCCCUCUUCUCGGAGCCCGUCCGCCUCUUCGUCCCCUCCUCCUCCGCAGCCGCCUCCUUCUCUACCCGCUUCACCUUCCGCAUCACGCCCGCGCCCACCUUCGGUGACGGCCUCGCCUUCCUCCUAACCUCUUCCCGGACUUUCCUCGGCGCCUCCAACGGGUUCCUCGGCCUCUUCCCGUCCUCCUCGGCCUCAGACGAGGGCGAGGCCGACCUCGGCGGCGUCACCACCGUAGCCAUCGAGUUCGACACCCACCGCGACGUGGCGCUGCGUGACCCAGACGGCAACCACGUGGCGCUCGACGCGGGUUCCAUAUUCUCCGUCGCGUCGGCUAGCCCCGGCGUCGACCUUAGGGCAGGCGUACCCAUCACCGCCUGGGUGGAGUACCGCGCCCGGCGCCGCCGCCUCAGCGUGUGGCUCUCGUACUCGCCGUUCCGCCGCCCAGAGAAGCCCGCCCUCUCCGCUGAUGCCGACCUUUCCGGACUCAUGCGCACAUAUAUGUACGCCGGAUUCUCGGCGUCCAAUGGCAAUGGCGCGGCGCUUCAUGUCGUUGAACGGUGGACCUUCCGCACUUUCGGCCUUGCCAACUCAUCCCGCGCGUCGCCACCAUCUGAGCCCCCAACAGAACCCAGCAAGCCACUGCUGCCGCCCAACAAACCACAGCUGCUUACAGGAAACCACAAGCACCAACACCUAAUCUACAAGGUGGUCGGCGGAGUCAUUGGAGGCAUAGUCUUGCUGGUAUUUGCCAUCGUCGCAUCUGUUGUCUGGUUUUCCAAGCCAGUUCGUCGCCCAAGUGAAGAAGAAGAGCGUACAGUGACGAGCGAGGACAAACCUUAUGGGACGAUGUCUAUGGAGGUGGUUCGGGCAGCCACAAAGGGCUUCGACAGUGGAAAUGUGAUUGGCAUUGGUGGCUCUGGUGCCACUGUGUACGAGGGAGUGCUUCCGUCUGGCUCAAGAGUUGCUGUCAAACGGUUUCAGGCUAUAUGGCCGUGCACGAAAUCAUUUGUAAGUGAGCUUGCGGCCAUGCUCAAUUGCCCAAACCAUCCCAAUCUUGUGCGGCUUGCUGGGUGGUGCUGCAGUAAGGCUGAGCUCGUGCUUGUUUAUGAGUUCAUGCCCAAUGGGAAUCUUGACAGUGCGCUGCACACAAUGGGCGGAGCAACACUUCCGUGGGAGGCACGGUUCAGGGCAGUGCUUGGUAUGGCCUCAGCGCUUGAAUAUCUGCAUGAUGGGUGUGAUCGCCGGAUUCUGCAUCGCGAUGUCAAGUCAUCGAAUGUGCUACUGGAUGGUGAGUUCAAUGCCAGACUAGGCGAUUUUGGACUUGCUCGUCUGGUGAGCCAUGGUGGAUUACCACUGACAACACAGCCAGCAGGCACACUUGGGUACCUUGCUCCAGAGUAUGUGCAUUCUGGUGUUGCAACAGAGCGCUCUGAUGUGUACAGUUUUGGUGUGCUUGCUCUCGAGGUGGCCACUGGCCGGAGGCCAACAGAGAGGGGAAUCUCUGUUGUUGACUGGGUGUGGGGUCUAUGGGGUCGUCGGAGGCUUGUUGAUGCUGCAGACCAGAGGCUUCAGGGCCGAUUUGUUGCGGAGGAGAUGCGGCGGGUUCUUCUUGUGGGCCUCUCGUGUGUGCAUCCGGAUUGUAGGAAGCGGCCAGGAAUGAGAAGGGUAGUCAAGAUGCUUGAUGGGACUGCACCCUUGACAAUGGUGCCUGAUAAGAAGCCACCUGUUUUGCUCCAGACACAAGUAGAUGAAGCUUCAUCAAUGAACUCAGUGGAUACUGUCAAUACAACGUUCUACAGUUGUCGCUGAUCUUAUUUGUUAAUCGGUUGGCUAAUAACCACAUCCUGAUUCAUAUGUUGAUGGCUAAUAUACAUACAAUGUGGUGUUGAUGCUCCAGUUUUCUUUUCUGAAACCUGAGUAGAAGGUAAUUUCGGAGUUGUUCCACAUUGUUCGGACAUAUCCUACUUGUUCACAAAAAUCUGCAUAAAGUAUUGUUUCCUGGUUC